UUUUUCAUUCGUCUCUUGAAUUUCGAACGCAACGGUUCGCCCAGCUCGGCACACGGCUCAAAAAACGCAGUGCGAAAUUAAAACAGUGCAAAAGGCCCACACGCAGAACACAAAAACUGAGAUUAAGCCAAGUGAUAAAGUGAUAAGCCAGAGAGCAAAACAAACAAACAAACAGACAACAGACUCUUCGCAGCGCAGUGUGCAGCAGUUCAAAGUGCAGCGAAAAGCCAGCAGAAUGGAUAUGGAUACCCUGCUGCCCUCGCCACCCGCAACGCCCCCGUUGCGUGAAAACAAAUUGGAAAAUGUCGUCAAGGACGGGCAACAGGUGAACGAGAACCUGCUGAAGGCCAAGCUCAAGCUGGUGGCCCAGAAGAACCAAAAGAAUGGCGGCAUCAUCACACCUAAUCCCUCGGACACGGAGGAUGAGGCUACCGAGAUGCCCAGCAAAAAGCCGCGCCUGGAACAGCCCGCUGUGAGCAUGACACCGCCGCCGGAUCAGAAGCUGGAGAGGGUCAGUGUCAUCAUGAGGGUCAACAGCUCGGGAGCGGUCUCUUCCAGCAACCAAGACGAGAGCUCCAGCUCCUCCAGUUCCAGUUCCUGCUGCAGUUCCUCCUUCUCCUCGUCCAAUGCCACCACCACCACAAGUACAAUUUCCAUGGCGCCCACCGUCGAGGAUGACUAUCCAGAGACCAAUGUGUGGCGUAAUCUCAAGUUCAAGAUGAACAGGAAGCGGGCAGCGGAAGUUGCUAUGCCGCCAGUACAAAAACCAGAGGAAGUAGCACCUGUUGCUCCUCAGCUUCCGGCACCAUCUGCACCAGCGGAAAGGCGUCAGGAGGAAGAGGAGCUGGAGGAAGCCAAGCCCGUGCUCUAUCUCGCCCCAGUGGUAGCCUCUCCAGCCAGUCAGCUCCUCCUGCUCAGCACAGUUGCCGCCCAGCAGAGUCACACGCCCAUCAUCAUGCCCGCCGAGGAGGAGAAGCAGCAACAUCAUCCCAGAAUCACAGCCGCCCAGGCGGCCGCCACCAGGAGUCGCAUCUACGAGUGCAGUUUCCCGGAGUGCGGAAAGAACUACUUCAAGAGCAGCCACCUCAAGGCCCACCAGCGUGUGCACACCGGUGAACGGCCUUUCAUCUGCAAGUGGGACAACUGCGACAAGCGUUUCUCCCGCUCCGAUGAGCUGUCGCGGCACAAGCGCACCCAUACCGGCGAAAAGAAGUUCCAGUGCGGCGUCUGCCAAAAGAAAUUCAUGCGCAGCGAUCAUCUGUCCAAGCACGUGAAGCGCCACAACAAGGACAAGGCGAACGGCGUCAAUAGACAUGUCUCGUUGGUCAAUGCCUCCGCCUCUGUGUCCGCCGCCACCUCCGUUGCCGCUUCCCUGUGCGAUGCUAGCACGCUACAUCUGCGAGCGAUAGCACCGGCGGUCAGCAGCGGUAGUUCCUCGCCCAUCUCCUCUACAUCCACCUCCUCCUCCUCCUCCUCUUCGGCCAGCCUGCAAGUCUACAGCGCCCAGGAUCUCCUGCGGCUACAGCAGCAGGCUAGCUUUAGUUUCGGCGGAGCCCUGCUUCAAGUGCAGCGAUGAGGGGAGGAAGAACCAGGAGCACCUGCAUCCAGAACCAAUCUCACACCCGACAGUAUCGCCAGCUUAGAAAAAAAAAGAAAAAACUCCCACCAAAAAUCAGAGAAAUCGACAAAAGAGUAGAGUCUUUGUAGAGUAGAGUUUGAUAGAUUUUGUUUUCGUAAUCCCAGAAAGAACUCAUUUCAAAAAUCUUUUCUUUAAAGAGUGUUUCCAAGAGCUUAGAAUUCUAUUCCUGAUUCGGAUCAACAGAGUUUUUUCGUCAAGUGUAGCUGGUGUUAGUCUUAAGCUUUAGUUAAGAGCUAGAUCUUGUCAAAUUUUGUUUUUUCUUCAAUUCAAGAGCACAUCUUAUAGCUUAGCAGCAAUCUUCUUCAGAUUCAUACUUCAAUUUCCCGACUCUGAAUAUACCUUGUAAAUAUAUAUUAGACGAACAUCUGUGAUAUUUAAGUUUUUUCUUAACUAUUUUCUAUAUCGUACUAUAGUUAUUCGCGAGUAAUUCUCUUAAACUUAAUAACAAUUGUAUUUAUUGCUAAAUGUCAACAAAAAGAGAAAAGAAAAACAUGAAAAAAAAAAGAAAAUGGAUCCCCAAAAGAUUCAAAUCUCAAAACAAAUGAAAAUAUACAUAUUUUCGAAAAUAA